AGAGAGAGAGAAGUUGAAGAAGUCGGGCGGAAAGUGAGUGGGAGGGGGGAGGCUGCUGCCUCUGCCUGGGAGCGUGGGGAUGCGUCCCGGCCUGUGUGCGAGGAGGGGCCCAUGGAGAUGAUCGAGCUGCGGGCGCUGCGGCCGGAGCGGGCCCUGGACCUGACGGAGCCUCGCCCCGCCGUCCGCCUGGAGCGGGCCAACGCGCUGCGGAUCUCGCCCAAGGGGAAGGUGCCCGAGAUCCUCAGCCGCGUCCGCCUCAUCCGCCUCCGCGGCGGGCAGCGCGACCCCCGUCUGACCGAGGAGCUGGGCGAGGGGCACCGCUUCCGGCCCUGCGCCCAGAGCCAGCCCACCUGGUGCGACCUCUGCGGGGAGUUCAUCUGGGGCGCCUCCAAGAAGACCCUCCAGUGCCUCC